CCACAUUUCCUUAUCAGUGAGCAAAUGUGAUAUUCAAAUCGCGAAAAAAAUUAAUUAAACGUGAUUAGGCGAGUGUUGAUUUAUUAUUUGUUCACUCACAACUUGUUUAUUAAACAAAACCCACUACUUCUGAUAAGGAAGACACGUAAAAAAGCUCAAAUAGGGGGUAAAGCGAAAAAUUUUUAUCAGUUUCCUUCGAAAAUUCAACCAGAAAACUUCCAAUUAUGGCACCAAACGACAAUUUAACCGCAGUUUUGCACGGCAUCGAGGAUUUACGUCUCGAACAAAUUCCUAUUCCCGAAAUUAAAGACGAUGAAGUCCUCCUUGAGAUGGAUUGCGUUGGCAUUUGUGGCUCAGAUGUGCAUUACUUGGUUCAUGGUCGAAUCGGGCCCUUUGUGUGUGACGGGCCUAUGAUAAUUGGGCAUGAAGCUUCAGGUGUCGUUUGUAAAGUUGGAAAAGACGUAAAAACUUUAAAAAUUGGAGAUCGCGUCGCCAUUGAGCCGGGAGUUCCGUGUCGCAAAUGCGAUUUUUGUAAAACGGGCAAAUAUAAUUUGUGUCCCGACAUGAAAUUUUGUGCAACGCCUCCGUAUCAUGGGAAUUUGACGCGUUAUUACGCGCAUGCAGCUGAUUUUUGCUUCAAAUUGCCGGAUCAUGUAACGAUGGAGGAAGGAGCCUUGCUUGAGCCGUUGUCGGUUGGAGUUCAUGCUUGUCGAAGGGCAAAUGUUUGUCUUGGGUCGGAAGUUUUGAUUCUUGGCGCGGGACCAAUUGGAUUAGUUACAGCGAUUGCGGCAAAGGCAAUGGGAGCUUCAACAGUCCUCAUCACGGAUUUACUCGACGAUCGUUUAGCAACUGCAAAAAAAGUUGGCGCCGACUUGACCUUGAAAGUCGAAAAAACCGACAAAGAAGAAGACAUUUUGAAGAAAAUCAAGGAACUCAUGCCAAAUGCUCCCGAAAAAACGAUCGAUUGCAGCGGAGCCGAGAUCACAAAUCGUCUUUCCAUUCUCGCAACACGCAAUGGAGGCGUUGCUGUACUCGUUGGAAAUGGCCCGUUGAACGUUAAUGUGCCAUUGAUCAACGCUUUGAACCGCGAAGUUGAUAUUCGUGGCGUUUUUCGGUACUGCAACGAUUAUCCGACGGCAUUGGCUUUAGUUGCGAGCGGAAAAUGCAACGUGAAACAACUCGUGACGCAUCAUUUUGACAUCACGGAAACCAAAGAUGCCUUCCAUACGAGUCGUCAUGGACUUGGGGGAGCAAUUAAAGUCAUGAUUCACGUUCAACCACGCGAUAAAAAUAAUCCAAAGAAGUUUUAAAGUUGGAAAUGUGCCAUUUUUGUUUUGUUUCAAGAGUUUUUAUUUUUUUAGUUGAAUAACGAUGCAUUUAGAUUGCUUUUAACUAACUCGCAAUAAAGUUUUCGAAUAAAUUUUAUCAAAAAAA